CAUUUUGUCUCUUCCUAGGGGAUGUUUGUUCUGGGCCUGCCCUAUGCCAUCCUUCACGGUGGAUACCUAGGACUCUUUUUAAUCAUUUUCGCCGCCGUGGUUUGCUGCUACACUGGGAAAAUCCUCAUUGCCUGUCUGUAUGAAGAGAAUGAGGACGGGGAGAUAGUGAGGGUGAGAGACUCCUACGUGGACAUCGCCAACGCGUGCUGCGCGCCUCGCUUCCCCACCCUGGGGGGCAGGGUGGUGAACGUGGCUCAGAUCAUUGAACUGGUCAUGACCUGCAUCCUCUACGUGGUGGUGAGUGGGAACCUGAUGUACAACAGCUUCCCCAACCUGCCCGUCUCCCAGAAGUCGUGGUCCAUCAUCGCCACGGCGGUGCUGCUGCCUUGCGCGUUCCUGAAGAACCUCAAGGCCGUCUCCAAGUUCAGCUUGCUCUGCACGUUGGCCCACUUUGUGAUCAACAUCUUGGUGAUCGCCUACUGCCUCUCCAGGGCACGCGACUGGGCCUGGGACAAAGUCAAGUUCUACAUCGACGUGAAGAAGUUUCCCAUCUCCAUUGGCAUCAUCGUCUUCAGCUACACCUCUCAGAUCUUUCUGCCUUCCUUGGAGGGGAACAUGCAGAACCCCAAGGAGUUUCACUGCAUGAUGAACUGGACUCACAUAGCAGCUUGCAUCCUGAAGGGACUCUUUGCCUUGGUCGCCUAUCUGACCUGGGCGGAUGAGACCAAGGAAGUCAUUACAGACAACUUGCCAUCCACCAUUAGGGCAGUAGUCAACAUUUUCUUGGUGGCCAAAGCCUUGCUCUCCUACCCUUUGCCGUUCUUUGCGGCGGUGGAAGUCCUGGAGAGGUCCCUUUUCCAAGAUGGCAACAGGGCCUUCUUCCCCAACUGCUACGGGGGUGACGGGCGCCUCAAAUCCUGGGGACUCACCCUCAGAUGUGCCCUGGUCGUCUUCACCUUGCUCAUGGCUAUCUACGUCCCUCAUUUCGCCCUCUUGAUGGGUCUGACGGGGAGCCUCACGGGCGCAGGGCUCUGUUUCCUGCUCCCCAGUCUUUUCCACCUCAAACUCUUGUGGAGGAAGCUCUUGUGGCACCACGUCUUCUUCGACGUCGCCAUCUUCGUUAUAGGUGGUAUCUGCAGCGUCUCUGGGUUCAUCCACUCUUUAGAAGGCCUCAUAGAAGCCUUCAGAACCAACGCUGAAGACUAAGGAGGGGCCAGAGCUGGCUGCAGCAAGAGAAUCGCAUCGAACAUCCGCAUAGCCAAACGAGUCUGCAUCCCUUUCCUGGAGAGAGUCAUUCUUUUCCUUACGUGCAUCCACCAAAUUCUACGUCACAGAAGCUGCCAAUGAAAGGAAAUCAGAAGAGAUAAAAGCAUUCGUCCUGCU